AUGCCGAGGUCUUUCUUGGUGAAAAAGGUGAAACUGGAUGAUUUCUCCACCGGGGAUGAUUUGGAGAGCGCCUACCGGCCCAGGACGGAGCUCAGCCUGCGGCUACAUGACAAAGCUGGUUACAUCAGCGACUACAUCAGCCCGUCAGUGUACGACGGCGAAAGCGACGGAGGGAUCAAGGUGCCCUCACCGGACCCCCUGUACGACGGCAUCCACAGUGACUACGGCGCCCCGGACUCGGAGUCUCCCGACAGCCCGGGAUCCGAGCUCACCGACGGCUACAUCAAUGGUGACGCCGCGGUCAGCGACGGGUACUCAGUGGACGCAUUUUAUAUCACGGACGGCCGUUCGAGGAGGAAAACCAUGGGCAGCCCUCGCAGCAUCCAGAGGCACACGUGCAACGAGUGUGGCAAGACCUACGCCACGUCAUCCAACUUGAGCCGACACAAACAGACGCAUCGCUCACUGGACAGCAAGCUGGCCAAAAAAUGUCCCACCUGCGGCAAGGUGUACGUGUCCAUGCCCGCCAUGGCCAUGCACCUGCUCACGCACGACCUCAAACACAAGUGCGAGGUGUGUGGCAAAGCAUUCAGCCGGCCGUGGCUCUUGCAGGGCCACAUGCGCUCGCACACGGGCGAGAAACCCUUCGGCUGCGCUCACUGCGGGAAAGCCUUCGCUGACCGCUCGAACCUGCGCGCUCACAUGCAGACGCACUCGGCCUUCAAGCACUUCAAGUGCAAACGCUGCAACAAGACCUUCGCGCUCAAGAGUUACCUGAACAAGCACUACGAAUCGGCCUGCUUCAAAGGCCCAUUCUCCCCUCUCGGGCCAUUGGAUGCAUGA